GCGGAGUGAUCCAUCGCCUCGGUCCCGCGAUCUUUGGUCACUCACUUAUCAGCGAGGAAACUUUAAAAUCCAUUCGUCCAGCUGUAACCUGAGGGUCCACCCCUUCCUCUAAUGCUGCGGAACCGUGUCCAGGCUCCAACCUGCUGCGACUAUCGAUCACUUCACAUGUCAUAUGCUGCAGGAAGUGGACUGGCGAUCUGAGACGGAUCUCGGAGCACGAGUUAACUAACAGUCUCCUCUGUUUGAAGACACCAAACUUAACAACAUCAACGAUAUGCCUCUGCGGGUGGUAAUGGAGGGCCCUGGACCCUGGGGAUUCAGGCUGGUUGGGGGAAAGGACUUCGAGCAGCCACUGGCUAUUUCCCGGGUCACCCCUGGGAGUAAAGCAGCCCAGGCCAACCUGUGUAUCGGAGACAUGAUCUUGGCUAUCGACGGACAGUCGACAGAGGACAUGACUCACUUGGAAGCUCAGAACAAGAUCAAGGCGUGCAUAGAGGAGAUGGUGCUCUCCAUAGAUAGGUCAGAAGCUAAAUUGUGGUCGCCGCUUUCAUCCGAGGAAGGGAGGACACAUCCAUACAAGAUGAAUCUUGCAUCAGAGCCACGGGAGGUGAAACACAUAGGCUCGACCCACAACAGGAGCGCCCUGCCCUUCUCCGGCUUUGGUUCCAAAGUUGUGACCAACCAGUACAACAGCCCCUCUGGUCUCUACUCUUCAGAGAACAUCAAGAACUUCAACUCGGCUGUGGACGAAGUCAAAACCAUGACCACAACCAAUGAGCCCAACAGCAAAGCUCCUUCAGAUCCGGCAAAAACAGGCAAGCGGCCGCCUGUGGCAGCGGAUUCAGAGGUCUACAAGAUGCUGCAGGAGAACCAAGAGUCUGAUGAGCCCCCUCGACAGUCAGCUUCAUUCAAGGUACUUCAGGAGAUCCUGGAGACAGGUGACUCUGAUAAACCAUCGGGGUUCAGGAGCGUGAAAGCACCCACAACAAAGAUCGCAUCCUCAGUGGGAAAUGCAGAGAAGUUACCCAUCUGUGACAAAUGUGGAUCCGGGAUUGUGGGGAUGGUGGUGAAGCUGAGGGAUAAGUUGCUCCACCAGGAGUGCUACACCUGCACGCACUGCAACAUCAACCUAAAACAGAAGGGACAUUUCUUUGUGGAGGACAAGAUUUAUUGUGAGACGCACGCACGGGAGCGAGUGACUCCCCCUGAGGGCUACGACGUGGUCACAGUCUUCCCCAAGUAGAGCGCUCGCUGAGCUCAGCCUCGGACUGCACGCCGCUGUAGGACACCAUGACAUAAUCCAAGACAUUUAGCUCAUUUAGCUGCUCCUAAGACUAUAAAACUGUCUCCACUCUCACUCUGCUUCAGUACAGUCAGGACAGUAGGCAGGACAGUAAAGAACUACAUGUUUCAAACUGUUGAUUUGCACAUUAGCUUUGGCUUCUACAAAAAGGAAAAUUAAUGAAUACUAUGAGAUGAUGACAUUUAUUUUUUUUCUCUCCCUAAAAAAAUAUUUUCUAUUUUAGUCAUGUUUGUCUUUGUACACGUUCAGGAUGUUCUUUUCGAUCAUGGAAAACAAUGGAAAGCCAGACUUGUUUUCACCCUCACAAGAGACUAAAUGUUUUCUACAGUUUUAUUAAAUAAAUAGACCUACCUUUUAUGCAGAAAAAUGGCUCAAAAACACAUUUCAAUAUCAUUGCCAAAUAAAUAUUUUAGCUUAAACCAGUA